AUGAGGCCCGUGAACCCCCUCGCCGAUCGCCGUGCGACUGCUCCGUCGCAAGUGUGCUCCGCCUCUGCUUCAUUUUCGCCUUUACCGUUAUCGCUUGCCCCGGCGUCUGUUUGGUUCUCUCUGCUGUGGGCGUACGACACAGAUCAGAUUAUGGAACCAUCAUCACCCAUUGAAGGAAAAUCUUCAACACCAUCAACUCCAACUACUGCACCUGCUUCAGUUGUCAGUACACCCACCUUAAAAGAUGGAGACACUGUCAGCACUGAGUCAAUGCAUGGCUCUGUUGCCUCCAUCCCUUCUCUUUCAUACAGCGUGCCUCAAAAUGCUAAUAGAAACUCCGAGAGCCCUCAUCAUUCAUCAUUUAACACUGCAAUGAUAAAUUCACCAGGUUCUUCUUCAUUUCCAAGACCUCCUGUUCCUGGUAUUUCUUCUAGCAGUGCUCCUUCAUUUUCAUAUAACAUUCCACAAACUGAAGUUGCUGUGUCUGGUGGUCAGUCAUUCCAUUCAAGAAUGGUGGUUGCCUCUGAAGUGCCAAAGAAUGUCUCAGUUUCUCCUACAUCUUUGCAACCUCCUGUUUCUGGACAGCUGGCACAUCCCAGUUCAUUUAUACGAGGAAUGCCACCACCUCCACCUGUUGCUGUCCCUAGAGACACUUCAUCAAAUGCUGCUAAUUUCUCUUACAAUGGACAUCAUCAGUCUGUAUCUUCUGCGCCACCUGUCCCUCAUUCGACUUUAGGUCCCACAUCUACAAAUUUUUCACCAACAUUCUGGAUGCCAUCUGGACCACCUUUUCAACAACCUCCAGGAAGAGCUGCAUCAGCACUACCACCCCCUCCUAACACCACUGUUGCCUCUUCACAGCAGCCAAUUUAUGGUUCCUAUGCUUCCAAUCCUCCUCCUCAAGGAGUCUGGAUUCAGCCUGCACCAAUUGGUGGCUUGUCAAGACCCCCAAUUUUACCAUAUCCUCCUCCUGCUGCUUUUCCUGGUUCCUUUUCAUUGCCAGCUCAGCGUAUGCCACCACCAUCUGAUGCUCAGCCUCCUGGUACUUCCACUGGAGUUCCUGGCAUAGCUUCUGACAGCAUGCCAUCUGUUGCUUCUGUGAUGCCACUUGAAUUACCUCCAGGGACUGACAAUAGCAAGCAUGCAAAUGCUGUUGGUGUUGAACAGUUGGAUGCAUGGUCAGCCCACAGGACUGAGACAGGAAUCUUGUACUAUUAUAAUUCUGUGACAGGACAGUCUACUUACCAGAAACCUCCUGGUUUUAAGGGAGAGCCUGAAAGAGUUUAUGCACAACCGACUCCAAUUUCGUGGGAGAAGUGUGCUGGCACUGAUUGGUCACUGGUUACCACAAAUGAUGGCAAAAGAUACUACUACAAUGCUAAAACCAAGUUGAGCAGCUGGCAAAUACCAACGGAUGUGGCCGAGCAAAGAAAAAAGCAAGAGAGUGAUGUAUUGAAUUUGAAAGAACAAUCAAUGUCAGUGCCAAAUACUAGUUUAACUGAAAAAGGAUCUGGUCCUUUAAGCUUGAGUGCCCCUGCUAUUCACACAGGUGGUCGUGAUGCAAUAUCAGGUGUACCUGUGACGUCGUCAUCUUCAUCUGCACUGGAUUUGAUAAAAAAGAAACUUCAAGAUCCCACAGCCCCUUUACCACACCCAACCCCACCAGGAGGAGAAAAGUCGUCUGAAUUGAAUGGUGGUGAUCAAGUAGGGAGUGAGAAUGGAAAAGAUAAAGUAAAAGAUGAAAAUGCUGAUGGAAAUCUAUCAGACACUUCUUCAGAUUCAGAGGAUGUGGACAGUGGACCAACCAAAGAGGAACGUGCCCUUCAAUUUAAGGAGAUGCUCAAGGAGCGUGGAGUGGCUCCAUUUUCAAAAUGGGAAAAGGAGCUUCCAAAAUUCGUGUUUGAUCCACGUUUUAAGGCAAUACCGAGUUAUAGUGCAAGAAGAGCUAUUUUUGAUCAUUUUGUUCGAACACGUGCUGAAGAAGAACGCAAAGAAAAACGAGCAGCUCAGAAGGCUGCAAUCGAAGGCUACAGAAGGUUACUGGAUGAGGCGAAGGAGGAUAUCAACCACCACACCGAUUAUCAAACAUUUAAAAGAAAAUGGGGUCAUGAUCCACGGUUUGAGGCCUUGAACAGGAAGGAUCGUGAAGCUUUAUUAAAUGAAAGGGUUAUUCCUCUAAGGAGGUCUGUUGAAGAAGAGGCGCGUGCAAAACGUGCAGCCUCUGUGUCUACUUUCAAGUCAAUGCUGAAGGAUAACAAGGACAUUUCCUCCACUUCUCGUUGGUACAAGGUUAAGGAUAUUUUAAGAAAUGACCCUCGAUACAAAUCUGUUAGGCAUGAGGAUAGGGAAGCUAUAUUUAAUGAAUAUAUUUCCGAGUUAAAAGUUUGUGAAGAUGAAGCUGAAAGCAUAGCAAAGGCAAAACGAGAUGAGGAGGAGAAGUUGAGGGAAAGAGAACGGGCAUUGCGUAAGAGGAAAGAGAGAGAAGAACAGGAAGUAGAGAGGGUGCGUUCAAAAGCUAGAAGAAAGGAAGCCAUUGAGUCAUAUCAAGCAUUACUUGUAGAAACAAUCAAAGAUCCACAGGUUUCAUGGACGGAUGCAAAGGUUAAGCUAGAGAAGGAUCCUCAAGGGCGUGCAGCCAAUUCAUAUCUAGACCAAUCAGAUCUUGAAAAGCUUUUCCGUGAACAUGUCAAGUCAUUGCAUGAUCGAUGUGCACAUGAGUUUAAAGCGUUGUUAUCGGAAGUGAUAACGAGUGAAGCGUCUACAAAAGAAUAUGAAGAUGGCAAGACGGUUUUGACUUCAUGGUCAACAGCCAAAGAGCUUCUAAAAGACGACACCAGAUACAACAAAAUGCCUAGAAAAGAUCGUGAAUCCUUGUGGAGGCGACACGUGGAAGAUCUCCUCCGUCGAAAGCGCAAGUCAACAGUUGACCAACAAGACUCAUCAGAUAAACAUGGAGAUGAUAGAACAGCUGAUUCUAGGAAAUACGUUUCAGCUUCUAGAAGAAACUACGAUCCUCGUCGUUAGCUUUGUUAUUUUAGAGCUAUAUAUUAUAUAUCAUUUGAGAUUUUAUCCGCCUUACAUGUGAUCUUUUGUAUUUUUUUUGGUGUACCAUGGCUAG